UAUAAGUAAGCUGACUCGCUUGGAAAAUGGAUUUUGCUGAGGUACGAGGGAACCGGCGCGGCUAUGCGCUAGGCCUUAGGCCGCCCGGCCUCCCCGGCGCCACGGCGCAUGUCAGAGAACAAGCUGCAGUCUACACGUAUUUUGGUAGGCCUACUGCAUAGAGAAUACAUCUCUAAGAAGACUCUAUGGCCUACUGUUGUUCCGCCCGUCUUGCUCGUACCUGUACUCUGUAGUGUACCCCGGGCUGAUCAAAGAACGAGAUUGAUAGUGAAAUGUGACCACUGUGGAUACCGGUUCUUCAAGAAUGUCUUCUGAGACAUGUGAGAUAUGUGGCCAGGAAGGGUUUGUUGACGAAGCAGAGGUCAGAACUCAUAUGCUUCUGGAUCACGAGGAAAACUCAGGGUCUUGUCCUCUGUGUGACCUUGCCCAUGUGACAAUUGAAGAACUAUCAUACCACAUGAAUACAGCACAUCGUCAUGUACUCAGUCCAGCCCAUGCGGCAAAGUCUAGCACCAGCGAAUACAGGCAAGGAAGUUGCGUGCAAGACAAUGGAGAUGAUGCUGUGUUGAUAGCAGAAGAAGUUCAUGAGGAAAAUUCUUUGAUUUAUAUUGAGGACUACUUUGCAAAACCAACUGAUACCAAACAGAAUGGAGAGUCUGUUGAUCAGCAAAUGAAUGAUAUUCAUGUGGAUCAUAUAGAUGAUGCUGAAAUUGCCCUAAAAAUAGAAAGGGAUGUGAAUCAAAAUAUAGAUAUUAGGGAGCAAGAAAGUAAUUUGAGACAAUCGAUGGAUGAGGAUGGCAUUUCACAGGAUUUGUUUUCUGAGUCAUCAGUAUCUUCAAGCCAAGACCAAAGUGGCCAUGAGAAUGGCCCAAGAGAGUCAGAUGCUGAGUGUUGCAUUAUUGAUGAAUCAAAGGAGAGUUUCAAAGAGAGAAACAUUGUAAGACGGCAGGCAGGCAGAACGGGGCCAGGGAAUGGGGCACCUUCAGAACAUACCAGUAGAAAGAAUGACCAAAAACAGAUUGGCCCAAAGCAGGAUGAACAAAAGCAAGGCGAACCAAAGCCAAAUGACCGUAAACGAGGUAGAAAGGAACCGGAUGUGAGACCCAAAGAGACCCGUCAGUCACAUCGCCUGGAAUCUGCAGAGCGACGGAACAGCCACCAAUCUCUGGAUACGCUGGCGUCAUCCAGGAGUGGGAAUGAGAGUGUUGCCAGUGAGACCAGCAGUCCAUUCCGUAAGCUCUUCAGAACGCUCACAGGAAGGACAGCUGAAGCAGAGGCUGAGGACAAGAAGGAACAGAGUGGGAUAUGGGUUGAUCUCACCAAUGACUCUGAACCUGAUCUCCUUGAUGAUGAUGAGCUCAUGUUCAUCGAAGAUGCCCAACCAGCAGAAGAGAUCCAGUGGGAAGAUAUCCCAAGCACUAGCAGUGUGGCCAACCCGAACUCCACCUCUACACCGACAAAAGCAAAAUCAAAACCAACAGAAGGUGUGAAAGUCAAGACCCCGAACCCUGAUAAACCAACUCUCCUCAGCCUAAGCAAAGCUUCAAAGAAUGUGCAAUCACCAAUCCUCUGUCCAAUAUGUGGACUUGGCAGCUAUGAUGCUGAUUUCCUGAAUAGCCAUGUCAACACGGAACAUCCCGAAGGUGCUAUAGGGGUAAGGAGCGCCGAGAAUAGACCAUCUGAAGGGGGAGCCAUUGGAGGAGGAGAUAUCACUUGCCCCGUCUGUGGGUUAGUUGGGCUAGUCACUGAGGAAAUGAAUGCACAUGUUGAAAGCCACUUUGCAGAGGGACCAUCAACUGGAGCGGCUGAUGCUGGCAGCAGUCGCAGAGGACAGAAUGAUAUGACAGAUGUAGAUAGGAAACUUGCUGAACAACUGGCUGAGGAUGAGCGGCGAGAACAGAAAAGGAAAGAGGAAGAGGAAUUUAAGAAGUUAAAGGCCAUGUAUGGGGCAGAUGAAAGCGGGAAUUUCAGGAGACAGAGUGAGCGCAACUCCUCCAAAGCAGUGUGGCGGGGUGAAAUAACCCCAUUAGAAUACCAUCAGCAGAAUCAAGCUAUCAGAGAAGCGAUGGCUACGGGAAUCGACUCUGGCCAAUCUCGGACAAAAGAUAUCAUUCCUAGACUGCUUGAUUACUACAACAACAAGGUGCAUGGUGUCUCCUAUGCACGGCUCUCCCUCAACCUAGAUCACUUCUCCUCCUCUAAGGGGGAUUCUGGGUGGGGCUGUGGAUACCGCAACAUCCAGAUGAUGCUAUCUGCUUUGGUAGAAGAUCCUCAAUUCAAACAGGUUGUCUUUAAUGGAAGAAAAGAAAUUCCUUCUAUUCCUAGAAUUCAGCUUCUAAUAGAGGAUGCAUGGAGUAAAGGGUUCGAUGCCCAGGGUCGUGACCAGCUGAAUGGCAAAGUCCAUAAUACCAGGAAGUGGAUCGGUGCCACGGAAGUUGUAGCCAUGUUCUCAGCUCUCCGGAUCAGAUGCAAACUGUUUGACUUCCAUGCACCCAGUGGUCAGAAUGGUACCCAUCCACGUCUCUUUGCCUGGAUCAGGGAUUACUUUGGCAAACCACCUCUGCUCUCUAUGGAGAACUCUGUGAGAUCCAGCAAGUUACCACUCUAUUUCCAGCAUGAAGGACACAGCAGAACUAUCAUUGGCUAUGACAUGAUGAAAGACAAGUCAACUAGAAUUCUGCUCUUUGAUCCCAGUCUUAGAGUCAACGAAGCCAAUGCUCUCAGGAGAGGUGACAUCACUGGUCAUUCUCUGAAGCCAUUGAGGAAGACCUUGAACCAAAUGAAAGCCAAACAAUAUCAGAUUGUCUGCAUCGAAGGAAUCAUCACAUCAGAUCAAGAGUAUGAGAAAAGCAAGAUGUUGACUUCACAACGCAUUCUGUAGCUGAAAUAAUAAAAAAAAUCAGCAAACAUUCAAUCACCAAAUACCAUCUCAUCUCAGGAAUAUUGGUAACAUUCUACAGGGUCUCUGUCACUAUUAAAAGGUAAUGGACUUUAUGCAGUAAACAUAUAUAGAAGUGACGCUAUAUCAUUACUGUGCUAUAUAUUCAGGGAGUAUGGCCAACCAAAGGGCUGCAAUCAAUUGUAAAAUUAAAAUAAAUUGUAAGUCUAGCAAAGCAUGUACAUGGACCCAUUCCAUAAAACUUGUUAUAAAAACAAAUUUACUGUAAGUUUAAUGCUACUGAAAUCACUCAAUUUUAUUGGAUAAUUCUAAACUUGUUAAUUGUGCAUGUUAUUAUGACAAAUCUUUGUAAAACAGAUGGGUGUUUCAUAAAGCCGUUUUAAGUUAAGACUGACUUUAACCCUAAACUGACCGGGGGGUUUGAAUCAACCCCCCCUCAACAUUUUCUGCGAUCAUUUCGCGGCGCGAAAUUUUUUUACCGCGCCACUCACAGAGUUUAUACUUUCAAGUCUCGCGCAUCUUUUGAAACCAAAUUUGCGCACAAAUUGUGUACAAAGUCAAUGCAAAUUGAGUUUUCUCAUCUUAUUCAUUAAGAUAUUAUUAUUUUUGUUUUAAACAGCUAAAAUCAAUUGAUUUUAGCAUAAUUAUGCUUCAAAAAAGGUUGUGCAAUAAAUCUGGUGGAAAAAAAAAAGAAAAACAAAAGGUUGAAAAACAAGGAAAUACAUAAGAAAUUCAUAAAACAAUAAAAUACAUAAGAAAUUGAUUUCCAAACCGAAGUUUUUUCAAUUGCGAUUGUUAAGAAUGCUACAAAUAAUAUUUUUACCAAAAAUUAGCAUUCUAGGAGCUUUAUUUAGUGAAUUAGAGCAAAAAGUAUGAUUUAUGCAUAAAUUAGCAUAAUUAAUUCAUAUAAAAUAAAAUCUCAUUAUUUUGGAAAAUUUACCAUACAGCCUUGUAGAUUACAUCGCACACUACCAGCAUGCAAAUUUUUGCGGCGCUCGCGCGAUCGGCGGCCGAGAUCUCAGGGGGGGUUGAAUCAACCCCACAGAACAUCCAAAAAAGCCCGGCCUAGUUAGGUUUAAGAAUGACUGGUGAAUUUCAUUUACCACAAGAAAGGAUCACCAGUCAUUCUUAAAGUCAGUCUUAAUUUAAAAUGGCUUUAUGAAACACCCACCUGUUUUACAAAGACCCAGAAGGUUAUUACAAUCAGUUGUAAAUAUCAAUUGUAACUGUGUGCUACUGGGGCCAUGUCUUGCUGUAAGCACGGAACUCUACAGAGUGUUGAUACAGAGCCAUGUAUCAAGAGAAUCUGGGGCCCGUUGCAGAAAGAGUUGCGUUUAAACGCAAGUCAAAAAAUCAAUCGCAAGUCCCAAAUGCACGCUGUUGAUUGGUUGAAAAUCAAGUUGCGCAUGAUUUUUAGAGUUGCGAUUGAUGGCCAACUAUUUUAACAGCAGUAAUUAUUUUUUUUUGUAUGGCACUGGCAUAAGAAAAUAAGUUUGAGACCAAAUGGAACAAUUAAUGGUCUAAAUCCAGAGCUGCCAAGUAGUACAGAUUUUCUGUAUUUAAUACUAUAAAAUGAGAAGAAUACUGAUGGUUUCAUUCAAAAUACUGAUUUCUAAUGUUCCAGAUUUGUAUGUUGUCCUAUGGUAUUUCUUUGAAAAUACUGAAUUUCAGCUUUUAUAAUACUAAAAUGUUCUUGUUCAGGUUGGCAGCUCUGUAAAUCUCUUGACAUAUGGUUCUGUGUUCCGCUUUCAGUAAGUCACUGAUCCGGACUAGUCCCGGGCUAAGUUGUGAAAUUUUGAGUUUAUGAAUGGAGCAGGCUAUUUUAGCCUGCGCCGGGCCCAGGCUAUUUUGGUGCUACUUUUAUCAGCACCAGACUAGCCCCAGAUCCGCGUUUUUUAAUUGGUGAACGUAAAAGUAGCGCUGCUCUGACAUAGCUACUGAACAAAAUUUUUAUUACGUGGUGUGGACUCUUUUUAGCACGGGCCUGGUGCGGACCAAAAAAUCAUUAGUUACUGAAAACAGUAUGUGACUAUAGUGUUACUCUGACUCCACAACAGGCAUUGGAUAUAUUAUACAGGGGUUCAACUUUAUAUGCACAAAUAGCCUGCAGACAUCUAUGACAAAACUUUCAUUUUUACAGCAACUUUUUUUAAUGCCAUUAUACAUUAUCGUUAAUGGUUUAUUUUGAAUCUAUUGGAGUUGAAUAUUUUGUGACAUAUGUUACAAUAAAAUUGGUUAUUUAUUUCAGGUUGUAUUUACCAUUAAAGCUUUUAACUCUAGUAGUAGGAAAUGGUUAAUGUUUUCUAUGCAAAAAACAUAUGUCAACAACCGUACACAGUGCCACUUCUUUGCUUUCAUUUGUUCAUCAUGCAUGAGGCUUUAAGAUUUCACUGUGAAAGGGAUGAUUUUGGAAAGCCAUUUGGAGCACUGUUACAUAUUGUUGUUUUGUUAAUUAUUUAGAAAGAAUUAAUGCCUCUGUAUACACAGUAAUAUUUCCUGAUCACACAAGAAGUUUUGGUGACAUUCAAAAUUAAUGUUAUAAAGAAUAUGGAACCGUUGCCAUUUAAACAGCAUAUUAAACUAUUUACGUUUCAGACAAUGAAUAAAAUUGUAAAAAACACUUAAUAAAAGUUUAAUAUUAUGUCAUGUAUUUCUAACCAGUUAUGUUGUUUAUACAAAUAUUUGUUACUAUGUGGAAAGUGUAAUUAGUAUGUAUUUUUGCCAUUAUUGUGCCUCACAAUGAAUUUUAUCUAUCUUGUUGAUUGCCAAAAAUAAGAUCACCAAAUUAUAAUAUUUAUGUAAUUUAUAGAUGCUUUGAACUUCAUCUUAAUUCUUUCUUUGUAUUCAUUAUGUAGAUAUUUGAUUAGAACAAAUUUCUUUAUCCCUGUUUCCACUUUAUUUUUAUUGUCACAAGAAAUUUGUCGCUUUUUUCACAUUUUGCACUAUAGAAGGUGCAUAUCAUAAGGUAUACCUGUAGGUCUGAUAUGAAGAGGAAACAAAAGUGCUCAAUCCUUUUUGCCUGUGUAUUUAUACCAUUAUUUAUUGAUAUGCUUCCACAACAAAGAGUUGUAAAGGAUUUUAAUGCACAUUUAGAAGUAGGAGUCAUGUUUACCCAUUACAUGAGUCUUCCAUAAAGCAUUGCUCAGAGAUUUUUGAGUGACAGUUGUUAUAAACUACUGAAAUCCUUGCAUCUGAUUGGCUGAAAUAAAAUGUCAGUCAUAAUUACGAACAACAUGUUUUGUGAAACGCUUCAUUACUUUACCCACUCGUUUUUUAGCCUUUCCUGAUUAAAAUCUAGUUUAUUAAUUACUCUAAUUUGGUAAUGCAGUGGAAAUCACAAAAUCACUGUUUAAAAUGGGCAUUUUCUUGUUUAUGAUUUUGCUAUUAUGAUACAUUUCAGCUUAAGUUAUAUCCAUAUUUUUUUUGAAUUUUUUUUAUGAAUGAAAAGAAAAUAAUGGUUGUUGUCAAUUUGAGGAUCAAAAGAUUGAAUUUGACUUUGUGGAAGCUGUGUACCUGUAUCGGGUAGCCAAAUAUUUAUGUGCGCUCCUUAUGAAUAUGAUUACAAAGAAAAAAGGAUAAAUAUGAAAAUAAGGUCUAGGGACCCAAGAACCUCAUCCACAUUAACUAUGCAAAGGUAUCCACUUUGUUUGCAUGUGCAUCUAUACAUAACAAGGUCAUUUAUGUAAAGAGUUGUAAUUGAAAUCUUCUUGCAAAGAAAAUAAUACACAUGACUUUGUAUAUUCUAAUGUAUCAUACCAUACAGGUAUAUCUUCAUUGUGCAAUAUAAGUCACUUUCCUACAUAUUUUGAAACAAAUACAGGACUGUAAGAGUAUACUAUGAAUGCACAAUAAUGUGCCAGUCUUGUCAUUUUACAAGUCUGAUUUUCAAAAUUUUGCCUGCCUGUCAUUUGUUUGAAGGUCUCAUUUCUAUUGUAAUGUAUGUACAUGUAGCUCACAUGGAAUGCACUGUUGAUGUCCUAUCAUUUUUCAUAAUAAUUGGUUAUGUAAAUUGUAAAUUUUUCCCACUCAAAUAUAAAAGCAUGAUACUGUUGUAUAGAGCAUCCACAGAAUAUGCCCAGAAAUUUUACAACUCAGAUUUUCUAAAUCAUACAUACCAUAAACAAUACGGCCUGGCUAUACCAAAAGCCUUACUGCAUGCAUACUUAUGGAUUAACAAACGGAAUUACAUAUUUUCCUAAUUACUACGCAGGACUAAGACCAAAGCCUUUGUAAUGUUACAUAUACAUGUAUAAGUGUAACCUUUUCUCUAAAUAAUGGACAUGAACAUUUUUUACAAGCAUUUAUUAUAUUUGUUUAUUUUCAAAUAAUUAUACAACCAUACAAAUUAAUGUCAGUGUGUAUUUGUUUACAUAUCUGGUAAAAGCAGAAUCACUUUAGUUGUAGACAAUGAGCCUUUUCUCUCAUUUUAAUUUAAAAUAUGAAAAUCCUGGAUAUUUCAUGAUUGGGCAAUUAGGACUUCAUACUUUAAUUUGCACAUGAUAAUACAUUGCCAGAUCUUCUAAGUGGGAUUGUAGUAGUUCGGGGCUUACUAUUAAGUGUUUCCAAUGUAAUUUAUGUAGAAACCUGCAGCUGUUUAUAACUGAUCAAGCCUUUAGUUCACAUUAUGUCUUCCUCUCAUUACUGAGCUGUAAUUAUUCAGUGAAAUAAUGUAUUUAACAAUAAUAGAUUUAGAAAAAAAAAAAUCUGUAUGUUCAACUAUGUAGUUUUAAGAUUUUAUAGAAAUAAAGAUGUAUAGUUUUAUUGCA